AUGCUGCGUUCACCAUCCAAGCCAUUCUCAUCUAACCCUGAUUUGAGCAUAGAAAAUGAUGCACUACAAAAUGUGUCACUGCGGAAACAACCUGACUGUGAGUUAACAGAAUCUUUUAAGCAAUUUACACAUAUGAUGCAAAAUAUGCUCAAAGAUUUGAGAGAAGAUUUAAAUAAUAAAAUAUCAAGCAUUAGUGAGAAUAUCGAUUUAAUGCGGUCCGACUUGGAUACUCUAUCUGUCACCACGAAGGAUAUAAAGGGUGAACUUGCGUCUCUGCGUCAUGACCAGACUAAUUUAAAACAGAAAUUACACCUAAUAGAGAACAAGCAUGAUAACUUACAAAAAGAUGUAUUGGAAAUCCAGAAUGCACUGGACUUUAAUUGUGACAUGAAUGACAAAUUGGGACAACGUAUUGGUAAGCUAGAGACUGAUUGUGUAAAAAAUAAUAAAACCAUCGAAAUCAUAUCUUCUCUUAAGUCGAAGAUUGAAGCUUUGGAGCAGCAUGCUAGGAGCUGUAACAUUGAGAUAUGUGGUGUCCCAGAAAAAAGGGAUGAAAACUUGAUGGAACUAGUGGCAAAUAUUGGUAAACAUAUUAAUCUAUCUAUUCAGCAGAGAGAUAUCAUUUCUAUUCAUCGUGUUCCACAAGUGCAAACCCAUACAAAUCGACCAAAAAAUAUUAUUGUAAAGGUUUCAUCACGAAUAUUAAGAGAUAACAUACUGAGCACGUUUCGCAAGGCUAAAGGUGUUACAACCAAUGAUAUUGGCAUUUCUGGUGUACCCAAGUUGGUUUUUAUGAAUGAGCAUUUAACAUUGGAAAAGAAGAAGCUCUUUCGUGACUGCCGUGAAACUGCAAAGAAAGAGAACUACCAAUACGUUUGGAUUAAGCACGCUACAAUACUUGUACGGGAAUCAAACAACCAUGCGGCUAUCGCUAUACGAACUCAGGGAGACAUCUCUAAGAUCAAAGCCGGUUCUAGUAAGAAACUUAGCGAUAUUUCCAAAUAG